CCUAUCCUCUUCUGAUUGCCUUGUGGAGUCGAAACGCUGGACUUCUUCAAAUCUCCAAUUUCCUCCGGAUUUUAUCCAACUUUACAGAGUAGUAAAGGUAAUUUUCCUAUUUGAUUCUUUGAUUUGAAGUUUUGCUGAUUUGAAGUUUUUUACCUGACAAAUAACCACCAUGUCUGGGAUGAUCAAAGCCAAGAAGUACGACUGGAAGGAUUCCAAUCUUGCUAUGUUUGGGUCCGAUACUGAGAAGCAAGUCAAGAAAGAAUCUGCUGAAUCUGAGCCUGCUUGGGAAGGAGCUGGAGAAAAGGUUGGAAUGCAGAUCUGGCGCAUCAAUAAGUUCAAGGUCGAGCAUUGGCCAAAGGAGGAAUAUGGAAACUUCUUCAAUGGAGACUCUUACAUUCUGCUCAAUACCUAUAAAGAUCCAGGAGAAGAUAUUCUGAAGUAUGAUGUACAUUUCUGGAUUGGUUCAGAGUCAUCUCAGGAUGAGUAUGGUACCGCUGCUUACAAGACAGUAGAGUUGGACACCCUUCUUGAUGAUAGACCAGUCCAACAUCGUGAAGUUGCACGCAACGAAUCUUCACUUUUUAAAUCUUACUUCAAGAGCCUCACCUUAAUGGAUGGUGGAGUAGACACAGGCUUCAACCAUGUGGAACCAGAACAGUACAAACCAAGACUCCUUAAAGUUUCAGGCUCAUCUAAGAAAGUCCAAGUCACUGAGGUUCCAUUCUGUAUGGCCAAUGUCACGGAUGAUGAUGUGUACAUUAUUGACAAGGGAAAUAAACUCUACUUGUUUUGUGGAAGUACUUGCAAUGCUAUGGAGAAAUACAAGGGAAUUUCCCGGAUUCAGGAGAUUAAGAACACACGAGGGAAGGCUACAUCUGAGACUGUAGAGAGUAUGGGACAUCGAUGCUUUGAAGAUAUUCCACAAACAGCUUCAUCUGAGAGCAGUGCUGAUGAUGAACCAGACACUACAUCAGUUCCUUCUAUGUUCAAGUUGUCAGAUAACUCCGGACAGCUUGAGUUUUCCACAGUUCAGAAUGAAGGAACACUGAGUCGGAGCAAUCUUUCUCCUGAGGAUGUCUUCAUCCUUGAUACAACAAAAGAUUGCUUUGUCUGGGUUGGCAAGGGAGCAAGUCCCCAAGAGAAACAGAAUGCUAUGACAUAUGCACACAACUAUCUAAAGAGCACAGGUCAUCCUUUACUACCAGUCACUGUUUUUAAGCAAGGACAAGAAUCAAAGUCUUUUAUGUCUGCAACCACAGCAUAAAUGCAGUCAGGUAAAGAGAAAUUACUGAGUACGAAUCAAGGACUAAUGAUAAUGUGAUAUUAUAUCCAAAAGGGCUCUGACUUCUCAUUAUCUCUCUACAAACGAUAGUCCCAUUUCAUGGCUCUGCUUACCGUUGAAUUCUGUGCUUAUGAUCACCAUUCUACGCUUACGAUCACCAUUCUACGCUUACUGUGCAAGCACCAAAUUUCUGUGCUAGCUGUUUAAGCGAAAAAUACAUAGUAUGCUUGUCCACAAACAGAAAUUCCCUGCUAACCUUUGAAAUACGCUUGACAUAAGUGCGGAAUUCCCUGCUUCAAUAAGUGCUGAUUCUUUGCUUACGUUGAGCAGAGUCAUGAUAUUGGGCCCAGUUUCAUCAAACGGCUAAGCAGCGAGCCAAAUUACCAUGCAAUGUAUACUAGUUGGAAUCAAUAACCAUCUUAAACUUGAUGUAAUCAAUAAUUUUUGCUUAAUAGCUUUAUGGAGUCAUUUGGCUUAGCUGCUAAGCAAAAAAAGCAAGUCACCAGCUAAAAUGCAAUUGGAUUUAUGAAGAGUUUAUAACAGGUUACUUACACAGUUUUUGGUAAGCAAAUAAACUUGAUAAACUGUUUUCUGCUUACCAGCUCUAUGGUGAAGUGCCUGGUGUUUAUCUUGUCAUAUAUUUUUUAUAACUGAUAAUGUCUUGUUAUCCAUUAAAAGCUGGCAGUGAAAUUUUCCUACUUUGUCUACACCUGAUCUUUGCGCUACAAAUCAUGUAUUUUCAUCUAUAAUUCAAAAUGUUUAAAUAUACUGGAAUGAAUGUAUUACUAUGAAUUGAUAUGCAAAUCAACAAUCAUGUGUUCUUAGAACUUGCACAAUUGUUAUAAAUUGUUAUAAACUGCAUUAAGUAAGACCGACAAUCGCAGUUUUGUAAUGAGGUAACAUUUAUUAUUAUUGUACACAUAAUCCGUAACUUGUUAUAAAAAGUUGUUUCAGGACUUAUUUUUAUUUGAAGGUGCAAAGAAGGUGCAAACAAUUGUUAUUAAAAACAUUUUCUAGAACAAAUGUAAUAUUUCUUAAUGAGAGAUAAAUUCCCAUCAUUAUACUUUAAAAGACUUUUUUAAAUAAUUUGAUUUGUUGUUUCCCAAAAGGAAUAUGGUAAGGGUUAUAAUGUAAAUAUGAAAUAAAACUUCUGCUUGCAAAAAUAUACUCAAUUGCUUAAGUGCAAAGAAUAUAUUAUUUCCACUGUUUGGCUUUAUCAAUCAUCAUAAUUAUAUAAAGUAGUUGUAGUUUUGUGUUUGAAAUCGUUUUAUUUUAGAAAUCAAGCUCUAUCUAGUUCUGUAAAAGAUUUGUUUCAAAAUUGUCUUUCUUUUAUUCUAAUUUCCUAUCGAAAAAUAUUUUAUGAGAUUUUAUUUUGAUGUUUAUGUGAUGUUUUUGAAAGAGUAUUGUUUCUUGCUUUUUGAUUACCUUUUCCACAUAUUUUAGGAUACAAAUGGCCAACAUAUACUGUAGACGUUUUAACCAGUAGUAGUUUGUAGUUAACUGAAGUAAAGUAUCUUUAAAAAGUUGUUCAUUAAAUUUGUGACAACUUUUUCAAUAGAGGGCGGUAUUUAUGGCAUGCUCAUCCACCUUGAAACUUGAUGAGCUGAUAGAAAGAGAGAUUUAAUUUGAAUAUUUUGGAAAGUCCCAGCAAAAUAAAACCUUAGAGGGUUAACACUCAUUAGUGGAAAAUCAAAAGUCACAUAAGUCGUUGGUGGAGACUAUUGUCUUAAAUAAAACGGCACUUUACUGGUUUGUGGUCAAACUUUAUAAACUAUGUACUAAAUACAAUGGUAAAUUGUUUAUGAUUUAAAAACGUCAUGCUUGUCAGAUCUGUGACUUAUGAUUGAUAACCCUGUAUUAUUGGUUGUAACAUUAAAAACUUGUCAAGAAGUUGUAUUUCUGCUUGGUAUCUCUUUAAUAACAUUCAAAACUUGUCAAGAAGUUGUAUUUCUGCUUGGUAUCUCUUUAACAACAUUCAAAACUUGUCAAGAAGUUGUAUUUCUGCUUGGUAUCUCUUUAAUAUUUGAAUGUUGACUCUUGUUGCUUUGUGCUUAUGAUCAACCACCAGCUUGAUAUACAAUGUAGUUACAUUAAGUGUAGUGUUUUAUUGCAUAUACACACAACUGAGUACUUGGCCAAAUUAUUGCUGCUAACAUGUUCUCUUUUUAAGACAAUUCCCUUUUCCUUAACUAAUCAAAAUCUUAGUCAGUCUUUAUCUAGUUGUUUGGAGGCUCAAUAAUAAUAUUAGCACUUCAUUACAUUCCUUUAUCAUUUUUAUCAAGCUGUUGAUCAAAUACAACUCAAAUUCAGCAUUCCAUUUAUUUUCAAAUAUAAAUUUCUCAUUAGGUUAGCAUUAUACAUUGUAUAUAGUGCUCAUAACAUGACAACAUUGUUUAUUAUGAUGAAUGACAAUCCCAAAUAUAUCUUGUACGACAACAAUUGUUGUGAAAGUUGUGUUAUUUCUUUUCUUCACUUGGCUUUUAGUUUGUAUUUGCGUUGAUCCUAAGGAUUCUAGUAGAUGGAAAUCUUUACUUUCAGUCAUUAGUUCAAAUUGGUUCAAGUUUAGGUCAAAACCAAACACACUCAAAUUAACACAUUUUGCAAAGAAACCUCCGAUUUCUUUUAGAGCAAAUUUGAAAAAACAUCUGAUCAUGUUAUUGUUGUCUUCCAUUACUCUAGUUUUCUGCGACUUGGUUUUGUCUUGUGCCUCAAGGACUUCCCCACUUUCAUUAAGAUGUUUCUUUGUAGAAUAUGAAAUCUUGAGACCCAUCUGUGCCAUCACAUGCCUAUAGCCAUGUAAGCCUACAGUUUAGUCUAAAGCCUGAGCGAUUCUUCUAUUAGUUCUUACUGCUGAGAAGGCAAACUUUAAUUUCCUAUUGUCAUAUUUUUUAAUAAAUAGGAUCUUUACACAAUCAUGUAAUUGGAUAGUCAUAUAUAUAUAUAAUAUACAUAAUUAUUCUUGUAUCAUAAGUGUUCUGUUUAAUCAAAUUUGUACUGUAUUUGUUUUUCAAUCUCGAUUACAUAAUUAUCAACCACCAGACAUGUAGCUUAGAAUAUUUUCCUAUUCACAGUUUUAAAAGCUGUGUUUCUUUGGGUUCACUUUCAUAUGCAAGGUAAAUCACGACUAUGACGAAAGUUUAGUCUUUUUAGACAUCACUUUAAUUUAGAACCAAUUGAGCCAUGAUCAUGUGCACAUAAUGUAGCUUGUUAUAAACGAAGCCAAAUUCUGUGAUAAAUAAAGGCAUAUAAAUUGCCAAGAAACCCACAAGA